AUGGGGUAUAUAAUCCUCCCCUAUGACCCUGCUUCGUACCUCCAAGUCUUCAUGCUCUCGUUCAAUACUUCAGACUACUGGGUUGUCAUUAUUGUGCUCGUCUCAUGUAGAAUUUUGUUCCGUGAUAGAAGGGUAAGCAUGCUUAUGGAACAUAAUUUACGGUCGAUCAAGACUUACUCACUCUACCAAUACGCACAGCUUGAUCACAUACCCACUAUCGGAUACUCGACCCCAUUUCUUUCAUUCAUAUCUGCGGUAAAGUUUUUCUUGUCUGGUCGAGAAAUUGUGGAAGAGGGAUAUCGCAAGGCACGGCAGUAUCCAGGGGGUGUAUGGAAGCUUCCUAUGUUCGACGAAUGGCUCGUUGUCGCCAACGGACGUGAGCGGGUAGAAGAUAUCCGCAAAGCUAACGAAAGUCAACUUUCGGGUGUUCGGAGCAACCCUGUCUUUUACCAAUGGGACCAUACAUUGGGCGUAGAUGUUUCUGACAACCCGUACCACAUCAACAUCGUCCGUGGACCUCUCACCAGGAAUCUAGCAAACCAAUUCAAUGAUAUCCAUGACGAAAUGGUUUUGGCCCUGAAUGAUAUGAUACCCUGCAAAGCCGACGAAUGGACGAGCGUGCCUGUCUUUGAGGGCCUUGUUGAAGUCAUCUCAAGGAUCACGACUAGAGCUUUUCUCGGCAUCGAUUUAUGCCGGAAUAAUGAAUUUAGAAAGCUGUGCAUACAAUCGACGAUGGAGCUGGUCAAAGGUCGGUUCCUGCAUCUCUUCCCUGUGUUUCUCAGGCCUACUGUCGGCAGAUUCGUCACCAACGUGGACGCUGUGCUUUCAGGUAUAGAGAAACACCUUGCACCUAUCAUUGCAUACCGUCUAGAACAGGAUCGAGUACAUGGUGGCGAAUGGGCUGAUAAGCCAGCUGAUCUCAUAACAUGGCUCCUUGAUUCUGCCAAAGCAACUGGAGAGGAGCCCACACCGCGCAACAUGGCGAAGCGUGUAGUUGUGUUCAGCUUCGCGUCGACAUAUUCAUCUGCUGUAGCAUUUGCACAGGCACUAUACGAGCUGUGCGACAGACCUGAAUACGUUCAACCGUUAAGAGAGGAAGCUCUUUCGGUGAUGCGACACAUAGGUCACGGCAAGUGGACGAAAGCAGCUGUGGGAGAAAUGUACAAAACGGAUAGUUUUCUUCGAGAAACUCAACGAUACAACGGGCUUGGGCUAGUCCUCCUUAGUAGACGGGUGCUCAAGCCAUUCACAUUUUCCGACGUGCAAGGGACCACCCUUCCUCCUGGUACACAUCUUUGCGUCAAUGCAUGGGGAAAUCAUCGGGAUGAUACCUAUUAUCACGAUCCACCCGCAAACGUAUUUGAUGGAUUUCGUUUCUCAAGGAUAACCACAUCUGUAUCAGAGAAUGGGGGAUCGGAACACAAAGACCAUCAGCAGCCUCUCAUGGCCACCCCUACUCUGGAAUACAACGCUUUUGGGCACGGGAGACCAGCUUGCCCGGGUCGCUUUUUCGCAGUCGCAGAACUCAAGCUGAUGCUUGGAUACAUACUUACAACAUAUAAUUUCAGGUUCUCCCCUGAGGCAGCAAGACAGAAACCCCAGAUGGCGUGGUUCGAAUCAAAGGUUAUUCCUGAUAAGAGUGUUCGUUUGUUGUUCCAGAGGCGCCCAAUAUCGUACGCUGUGCAGAAUGGAGGUGUAGAUGACCCCUGA